CCCUCGCCUGUUUCGGCUGUUUGGUUCAGCGGUCUCAUGUCCUCUUUUGGUAGGGCCUCGGCAGCCUCUGGAUUGUGAAGACUGCGGAGCGAGACUUGCACUCCCCUCACAUAAGCUCCAGACGAGAGAGCAGCCCUCAUGGAAGAGGAGCAAGGUUUAUCAGAACAGCCAGUGAAAAAAGUCAAGAUGCAGGAACCAGGAGAGCAAACUUUAAGUCAAGUGAGCAACCCAGAAGGCAGUGAUCAGAAACCGGAAACUUCAAGCCUUGCGUCAAACCUUCCCAUGUCAGAGGAAAUUAUGACAUGCACCGAUUACAUCCCUCGCUCAUCCAAUGAUUAUACCUCACAAAUGUAUUCUGCAAAACCAUAUGCACAUGUCCUCUCUGUUCCUGUUUCGGAAACUGCUUAUCCUGGGCAGACUCAGUACCAGACGCUACAGCAGUCUCAACCCUAUGCUGUCUACCCUCAGGCAACUCAAACUUAUGGACUACCUCCUUUUGGUGCACUGUGGCCAGGUAUGAAACCUGAAAGUGGUUUAAUUCAGACUCCAUCUCCAAGUCAACACAGUGUUCUUACCUGCACUACAGGGUUAACCACAAGCCAGCCAAGCCCAGCACAUUAUUCUUACCCCAUUCAAGCUUCAAGCACAAAUGCCAGCCUAAUAUCCACUUCAUCUACAAUUGCCAAUAUCCCCGCUGCAGCAGUUGCUAGCAUCUCAAACCAGGACUAUCCCACUUAUACCAUCCUUGGUCAGAGUCAGUACCAGGCAUGCUACCCCAGCUCCAGCUUUGGAGUCACAGGCCAAGCUAACAGUGAUGCUGAGAGUAACACCUACCAGACAGAGAAGCCUGCCGUCAUGGCACCUGCAGCACAGAGAGUUUCCUCUGGAGACCCUUCUACAAGUCCAUCUUUGGCCCAAACAACAAGUAAAGAUGCUGACGACCAGUCCAGGAAAAACAUGACAGGCAAGAACCGGGGCAAGAGGAAAGCUGAUGCCAGCUCGUCACAGGACAGUGAAUUAGAACGGGUUUUUCUAUGGGACUUAGAUGAAACCAUCAUCAUCUUUCACUCCCUCCUUACUGGAUCCUAUGCCCAGAAGUAUGGAAAGGACCCAACAGUAGUGAUUGGCUCAGGUUUGACAAUGGAAGAAAUGAUUUUUGAAGUGGCAGAUACCCAUCUGUUUUUCAAUGACUUAGAGGAAUGUGACCAGGUACAUGUGGAAGAUGUGGCUUCUGAUGACAAUGGCCAAGACUUGAGCAACUACAGUUUCUCAACAGAUGGUUUCAGUGGCUCGGGAGGCAGUGGUAGCCAUGGUUCCUCAGUGGGUGUCCAAGGCGGUGUGGACUGGAUGAGGAAACUGGCUUUCCGCUACCGAAAAGUGAGAGAAAUCUAUGAUAAGCAUAAAAGCAACGUGGGUGGCCUCCUCAGCCCACAAAGAAAGGAAGCAUUGCAGAGACUAAGAGCAGAAAUUGAAGUUUUAACAGAUUCCUGGUUAGGAACAGCCUUAAAAUCUUUACUUCUCAUCCAGUCCAGAAAAAACUGUGUAAAUGUUCUGAUCACUACCACCCAGCUGGUUCCAGCUCUCGCCAAAGUUCUCUUAUAUGGACUAGGAGAAAUAUUUCCUAUUGAAAACAUCUAUAGUGCUACCAAAAUUGGUAAAGAGAGCUGCUUCGAGAGAAUUGUGUCAAGAUUCGGAAAGAAAGUCACAUACGUAGUGAUUGGAGAUGGACGAGAUGAAGAAAUUGCAGCUAAACAGCACAACAUGCCCUUCUGGAGGAUCACAAACCACGGAGACCUCGUGUCCCUCCACCAGGCUCUGGAGCUCGAUUUUCUUUAAAAACUGGAACCAGGAGCCUUCCUCAUGAGCUCCUCUUCUCUCCCGAAGGGGGAGGUAGGGACCGAACCAACAGGGAACACUCUCUCUCUCUCCGUUGGACUGCUGGCGAGAACACAAUCAGGGGCCGCUGCAAGGGCUGGAACCAAGCGUGGCCGCAGAGCCACCUUCAUCCUCAGCUGGAAACGGGACGCAGUUCCAUAAAGAGAACCAUAGACUCACCACAGCUUUAAUGCUUUUGAUUCUAAUCGUUUCUAUUUUGUUGUUGUUUCCAAAAAUGAAGACAUGGAAAAGGAAAUUCUUGGGGCUGAGUUGCCCUCAGCUUGUGAGCAGGUUUAACUGUGUUAAAUUUUUGGUGACUGGAUAAACGCCCCGGGCUUUUAUAAGAACAUCUCUUGUGGUCUUUAUAGUCUCCUGAGCUGUAGAACCUGUUCCCAGUGGAUGUGUGUUAUUUUUAUAGGAAGGGGCCUGGUCUCUCAAGCCGAUUUCCACCCACCCACCCACCCCUGUUUUCUUCUGGCCAGAAAGGGAUGUGUGAUGUUUCCUUGGAGAUAGCGAUUGAAAGAUCUGAAAUUCGUCUCAGUGACGGUAGCACCUCUGUAGCUGCUCCAGUGGGUGGGCCGAAUGGUGGGGCACCGGACACGGGCGAGCUUCAGGUUUGGGCAUUCCUACUUUCAAGGCCUUGGUUCCUUUCCCAGGCUCUUGCUCAGACAGGACCUUCUGAGCUGAGUUGGGCCCAUGUAUUCAAAGGCUCUGUGCAGAAGACUUGGACUCCAAACAGAAGAGAAAGGGGACCAAGGCUCUUCGCGUAUUUCAGCUAAUGAAGAAAAUGUCCCUUUGGGUUUUGAGCCCAGAGAGUCCACCGUAUCCCCUACAGAGAAACCUUCCAGCAGCUGCUCGUCUCUCCGGCUUUCUCUCCGGCAGUCAUCCCGCCAGGCUCCUGGGCUUCAUACGUGCUCGCAUGCAGUGCUGGCCAGCCCCUGCCCAUUGGAGCCAGGAAGGCCAGUUUCACACAAGGCUCAUGAGUAUGUUUGGGUGAAAACUACCAAUAGAUGAGUAUUUUACCUCUUUUGAAACCCCGUAAGGGUAUUAUGUGUAAAUUACAUAGAUCUCUACCUAAAACUGAAGAACAGAUAGCUAUGGUCGAAACUCAGUUUUCCCAUGGAACAUCCUCUUCCCGCCUCUAAUCUCACUUAGCAAUGGGAAACCAGAGGGCAGAAAGACUUGGCUGGUUAAAGUGACAGUACUGGAACCCUUCUGGGUGCUCGCACAGUGUACCCAAAGAAGGUCAGUGUCUUCUCCCAGGCAGCACAAAGAGGGUGCCGUGUAAGCGCCUCAGGGAGAGGUGGUGUACAUCCUCGGGGGUGUAGGCAGGGGGGCUCCUGCCCCCAGAGAGUCUGUAUGUCCACGCGCAGAGCUUGAACAGCAUGCAGAGGCCAGCUUACCAAGACAGCAGCACAGACAGACCGGCAUGCACAUUCCUUCAGAACUGUCAGAGUGCCCUGACUCCCAGCUUCAGGGAGAGGCUUGUGGAGAGGCCCUGACAGUGCCCCGUUCCUUCUCUGCCUCACAGCUUGCUUCCCUGUGGCAUGGGGAACACUGUGUGAUGCCGCCCUCCCUGCUCCAGUCAGUAUUCUGGAUUUGCUUGUUGGUUGAUCCUAGAAUACUCCUGAGUUGGGGUUUUAAUUCAGACCCUAGCUGCCCCUCUGCUGGCAAGAUGCCUGGCCGCAUGCUGCCCGUUGAUGCUGUGCUGUAGGUUGGUUAGGCUAAGGAGUGUUCACGCAUCCGCUCACGCCCGCACACAAGCGUGUCUCCCUGGCUCUGAUUCUUAGAAUGUGGCCUGGACUCCUUUGUCAGUGCCCAGCUUAGCUCUUUCAAAUGUGGUCUUCAGUUGAGUAAAGGGGAAGUGAGACGGCGGGGGUGAGGGGCAGGGCCGCACAAUGUACUUUCUUGGUGGCUAUGGGCCUUAUCCAGAAGGUAGGUGGCACACAGGAGCACCGGCCGGCUCCCCUCUGACAGUGAAUCAGGUGGUGAGCACAGUGCUCCCCCUCCUUGUCUUUUCUCACUGCCCGCGGGGCACAAAGAACUGGAAAGGAAGCUGUUGGAAACUGAGGGUCCAAGAAGGCUUGGGAUUAGAAAUGGUCAAACUAGCCAAAUGCACCCGUCCCCGGGCAGGCCCAGUGGGUUCUGUAAGGCAGCUCUCCACAUGGGCGCAGUGGUGAGGACUGUAGGGGAUCAGUAGUUGCCAGGUGUGUCCUGGGUGACGGCGUGACUUUCGAAUGUAAAACUGACUGUGCCUUCGCAUCACCCUGUCCACUGCCUCCGGGGCAGCUGGUGGUGCCCAGGAGGACAGGCACUUGCUCCAGCUUUACAUGCCUAUAUGGGCUUUGGUUUGGUUUGGGGUAUCCCUGUCUUCUGCUCUACAAAUUGGGGGGGGGCAAAGCUAGUAUCCCAGGAGACUUGUGCCACAGCUUGUUCAGUUUACACAAACCCUGCUUUAACGCUCCCAGUACACUCCACUGCAGCUGCAGCACAUGGAGCUUCUAGACGUCCACUACUGUGAAUGGGCGUCAGUGCCACUGAGCCUCAAGGAGAGUCUGGGGGCAGAGCCACAAGCAGCGGGCUAAGCCCUGGGUGGUGGUCUUAGGAACUUGCUCUCAUGCCUCCAGGAAGGGGGCAGUUAGCGCCCCUCUCAAGUAGGCUUCUAUAACUUACCCCAUGGAAUCAGUUUCCUUAGCCCCCAGGUAUUUACUCCAUAGAAGCAAAAUACGAAUUCUGAGAUUAUGGAGUACCUGAAACCUCAAGAGAAAAAUCUAGUUCUGCCCCCACCUUGAUCAGUAGACCUUUCUCUGUCCUUUCUACUCUUUUUAGCAAUCAAGGCUCCUUGGCUAUUUCUAAUGCACUGACAGGAGCCAUCCCAUUAAGGACGACUUCUCAAAAUAGGACUUUAGGUGCCCCUUGGCAGAAAAGGGCAUUGAUUGGAUUGGAAAUAUUUAUGUGACUGCAGGCAUUUGCGGCUGUAGAGUCCUUGAGCAUAAUGUUAUAUGUAAUGGGAACUAUCUUACAAACUUGAAAAAAUAAAAGUUUUAAUUUUCUAUA